AUGUUUCCCUCCCCGCCAUCGCCGCAUCUUGAAGCCAUCGAGAAUUGGAGAAUACUAUAUUCCUUGCUUGCCGCAUAUCUCUCCCGCUCGCAACUUAAAAUGCCUUUCGCGCAGCUGGUAAUAGGGCCUCCGGGUGCGGGGAAGUCAACAUAUUGCAACGGUAUGCAUCAGUUCUUGGGAGCUAUCGGCCGGAAGUGCUCUAUCGUAAAUCUGGACCCCGCAAAUGACAAGACGUCGUAUCCGUGUGCGCUGGACGUUCGCGACCUCGUCACUCUCGAGGAGAUCAUGAGUGAGGAUCAACUAGGCCCUAAUGGCGGUGUCUUGUACGCACUGGAGGAACUGGAGGAGAACUUUGAAUGGUUGGAGGAGGGGCUGAAGGACCUCGGAGAGGACUAUGUUCUAUUUGAUUGUCCGGGCCAGGUUGAAAUCUUUACGCAUCAUUCGUCGUUGCGGAAUAUUUUCUUCAGAAUACAAAAGCUGGGCUAUAGACUAAUCGUAAUACAUCUCAUUGACUCAUACAACCUCACACUACCAUCGAUGUAUAUAUCCGCUCUCCUUCUUUCCCUCCGCGCCAUGCUCCAGAUGGAUCUCCCUCACAUCAACGUCCUCACUAAAAUCGAUAACCUUUCGAACUACGCCCCCCUACCUUUCAACCUGGAUUUCUACACGGAAGUCCAAGACCUUUCAUACCUCCUUCCACACCUAGAGGCCGAGUCAUCACGAUUAUCACAUGCAAAAUUUGGCGCCCUCAACAAUGCCAUCAUCGACCUGGUGGAAGAAUUCGGGCUCGUGGCAUUUGAGACACUGGCCGUGGAAGACAAGAAGAGCAUGAUGAAUUUGUUGCGAGUUAUUGAUAGGGCAAGUGGGUAUGCAUUCGGGCCCGCUGAGGGUGCAAACGAUACCAUCUGGCAGGUUGCUGUCCGGGAAGGACUAGGGACCAUGGAUAUCCGAGACGUCCAGGAACGAUGGCUCGACGCGAAGGACGAAUACGACGCGCAAGAACGCAGUGAGCUCGAGGCCGAGGCGAAAGCCAGGGAACAGGCUGCACAGCCGCCGCCGAGAGAGGACGAUGAACUCGAUGCCGACUUGGCGAACUUCAGGGGCUCGCUCCCCGACAGCGGCGUAAAAGUGAUACGGAAGUCAUGA